CACAUUAACAGCGUGUAUAAAAACUGGUCAUGCGUCGGUUAUAUAAGCAAAAACGGGUUGAAUUGAACUGCACUGUCAAGUUAAGUUGUUGCUCGCCUGCUUUGCUUUGGGCCUCCUGAGUAAUAACUUCAUCUACAAGGCCGGAUAAAAACAGUAGCCAGCUUCUGUUUAUGUACAAAUCAUUCACACAUUACUACCGUCUAACCGGCUCGUCUGUGUUGUUAAGUUGACUAGGACACGAUUGAUCCCUCUGACGCGAAGCUAACUAUCCAAAUAAUGCUAAUAUUUGCAAGUUGAGAGAGCACCAGUGUCACAGUGAAACUCUGCUGGAGUUGUGCUAUACCAUUACAACAAGUGAGGCGGUUCAAACCACUCAGCGUUUUGUUUUCUCUCUGGUGGACGGAUGACAGAACUGUGUUUUGAUCACAACUGCUGCUGCAUGGAAAGAAAGCCUGUGAGAGGAGGUGUUAGCUCCUGCAGUGAAGUACUGCUCUGUCUGUCGAGAUGUUGUGGAAACAAAACCUUCAUGUUGUUUAAGAUUAUUACUUUGGAAUAUUAAAGUGUGGCCAAAAAGAUACAUUUUCCUCUGCAUGCGGAAGGUCGGGUUGCGGGGGCAGCAGACUUUCUCCUCUCCAGAUGACUUUUUUGAGAGUAUACUACCUGAGACAUAUUCUCUUGAGCAUGUUCAGUGCUUUGAUUUUCCUAUUUUUGAUGCAAAACCUUUGAUGUUUAUUGUUCUGUUUUUGCUGCCAUAACUCAAAUGAAAGUUACGGCAAUGUACUCCAGUGUCAGAGGUCAUCAUUAAUGCCCAUAGAGUCUGGUGUAUAGAGUCUGACCUACUCUUUUCGCUGCUGAACGUGUCAACAAUGUCAUGUAAGAAAAACACGACUCACAAGUUCAGGCUUUUAUUCCCCAUUUGUCACCUUUCAGAAAUAACUCUAAGCCAACUGGGAUCAGAAUAUUACCUUUCCAAAGUGUCAAUAUGUGACGUUGAAAGUUCAAAGUUCCACCGUCUAUAUUAAGAAGAGGAGUUCCUCUAUACUAUUGAUCCAGAGCUCCAUUGACCGUUGAAAGCACUUGCCUUGACUAAUGGAGCACCUCCAGGGAGCUUGGAAGACCCUGAGUAACGGCUUUGGAAUGAAGGACUCUGCGUUCGAGGGCCCGUGUCUUUCACCAACCAUGGUUCAGGGCUUUCCGUGUCAGCGCCGCGCCUCAGAUGACAGCAAGAUGCCUGACUCAAAGACGAGCAGCACUAUACGCGUGUAUCUGCCAAACCAGCAACGCACUGUGGUGAAUGUGCGACCAGGUGUGACUCUGCAGAGCUGCCUGAUAAAGGCCUUGAAGGUGCGAGGUUUGCAGCCUCAGUGUUGCGCCGUGUUCCGGCUGCAACCAGGACAGAGAAGUAAAAAGUUAAGAAUGGACUGGAAUACCGACUCCACCUCACUCAUCGGAGAAGAGCUGCUGGUGGAAGUUUUAGACCAUGUUCCCUUGACGACGCACAAUUUUGUUCGGAAAACAUAUUUGAAGCUAGCGUUCUGUGAUAUUUGCCAGAAGUUUCUUUUGAACGGCUUCCGUUGCCAAACCUGUGGCUACAAAUUCCAUGAGCACUGUAGCACCAAAGUACCCACCAUGUGUGUAGACUGGAGCAAUAUCAGGCAACUGCUCCUGUGCCCCACGCCUGGUGACAGUAGCGCGCCAUCUCUUCCACCCUUGACUUCACGUCGAAAGCGAGAAUCUUUAACACGAUUUCCGAGCUCAGCCCACCGAUACUCCACGCCACAUGCGUUCAACUACAUCCCUCCCUACCCGCCAACCGGCGUCGGCCUCUCGCAGCGGCAGCGCUCCACCUCCACACCCAACGUGCACAUGGUUAGCACAACUCUGCCUGUAGACAACAGCAUGAUCGAGGAUGCUAUGCGAGAUCAUGAUUCAGCUGGAAGUUCCCCCAGCCAAAGUCCCACAGGCUGGUCCCAGUCCCAAUCUAAAGCUCCCGCCCCGGCUCAUCGAGAGAGGGUUCCGUCCUUCAACACUCAGGAAAAAAAUAAAAUCAGACCUCGUGACAAGCGGGACUCCAGCUAUUACUGGGAGAUUGAAGCCAGCGAGGUCUACCUGCAGUCCCGCAUUGGUUCAGGCUCUUUUGGAACUGUUUACAAAGGGAAAUGGCACGGUGAUGUAGCAGUGAAGAUCCUAAAGGUGACAGACCCCACACCAGAGCAGUUUCAGGCUUUCAGAAAUGAAGUGGCUGUUCUGAGGAAAACCCGACACGUGAACAUCCUCCUGUUCAUGGGCUACAUGACAAAAGACAACUUGGCGAUCGUGACGCAAUGGUGCGAGGGCAGCAGCCUCUACAAACACAUCCACGUCCUGGAGACCAACUUCAAAAUGAUCCAGCUCAUAGACAUCGCGAGGCAGACCGCUCAAGGAAUGGACUACCUGCACGCGAAGAACAUCAUUCACCGGGAUAUGAAGUCCAACAACAUCUUUUUACAUGAAGGGCUGACUGUGAAAAUCGGAGACUUUGGUCUUGCGACAGUGAAAGCCAGGUGGAGUGGGUCUCACCAGGUGGAGCAGCCGUCAGGAUCCAUUCUCUGGAUGGCUCCCGAGGUCAUCCGCAUGCAGGACAACAAUCCCUACAGCUUCCAGUCUGACGUCUAUUCCUAUGGAAUAGUUCUGUUUGAGCUCAUGACAGGGGAGCUGCCUUACUCACAGAUAGCUAACCGAGAUCAGAUCAUCUUCAUGGUGGGGCGGGGCUACCUCUCUCCGGACCUCAGCAAACUCUACAAGAACUGCCCUAAGGCCAUGAAACGGUUGGUGGCUGACUGCAUCAAGAAGUUGAAGGACGAGCGGCCACUUUUCCCUCAGAUCCUGUCCUCCAUCGAGCUCCUGCAGCAUGCUCUACCUAAGAUAAACCGCAGUGCCUCAGAACCGUCCCUGCACCGGGUCUCGCACACCGAGGACAUCAACGCUUGCACGCUGACCUCCACCAGACUGGUUGUAUUUUAGAGGCCAAGAAAACUACAGCUCCAGUCCAAAUGCUAACAAAGCCUUAAAUUCUCAUGGAAGAGCCUGAUGAAGAGCGAAAGCUAGUGGGAAGGAGUCUUGUAAAUAGAAGAAAGGUGGAACGUUAUUCUGCCCAUCACUGCACAUUGUCACAGUGGCAACUUUUUUGUGUAAAUAUCCGCACAGUGCUGCCGACGUAUGCAACGGAAGCUUGAGAGUUCUGUGACGUGGAAGCGUGUUCCGUCCUGUUUUGAGAGGAAAAACUGCCUUAAGAGGAUCCUAGAACCUGCACCUCCUGCUAUCACACGAAGGAGCACUCGACAUAGUUGCACAUCACUAGUCUUAAAUCAGUAAACAAGGUCAUUUGUGUCUUUUUAUUGUUUUGAAUUGUUCUGGGUCGACGUCUAACCUGUGUGAGUGAUGAGUGACUUUUUUUUUUUUUUUUUUUUUUUUUUUUUGCACAAGUUCAACAGCCUUUGCUGCAGCGAGUCAUCCUGGACUAUCCUGAGCUGGACCGUUGUCUUAAAUAUUUAAAGUGAUUUGAAGACUAAUUUUUGUUUCUUUAUCUCGUCUGUUGUUGAAGGUUUUCACUGUCAACUCAGCGAGAAAUUUGUCUAUUCGAUAUUUUAAUAAAAUUAAG